GUGCAUUUCCAUGCAUGAUACUCUUCUUCCUGUGCGCGGCAUGGGCUCAAUGAAACGACCUGCUGAAGAUUCGUUCGAGCCUGCCAAGAGCUUGAAAACUGGAGAUACGUGGACAAGUUUUCAAAGCAGUGACCCGCUGUAUGCUUUGAUGGGAGAACUUCAGAAGGCAAAGAUUGUACAAGAUGGAGAAGUUUCCACAGAGAAUCUGAAACGCUUCUUGCACGUCAUGAUCGUACAGGGUGCGGCACAAAAGCCCAAAGAUUGGCUUCAAGUUUGGCAGGCAAUGGAGAUUCCAGCCGACAGUCAAUCGCGCAUUGUAGGUGCUAUUAUCACCUUUUGCUUGGAAUGUGCUCCCCAAUGCAAUUUGGGGGAAGUUUUGGCUGAGCUGCUUAAAGGACAUGCAGUGAAGCUAAAGGCUGUGGAGGAAGCUGUGGAGAUGGCCAUUGGAGCAAACAUCGAUCCCCAGGGAGUGCUUCAGGAGUUGCUGUUGGGCAUCUUCCCGAAGGGCCCUGAGUCAGAUUGGGGUUGGUCCCGGAUUGGUUGGGGUUGGUCAGAAUGGUGGAAAACGGUUCAGAAGAUCAUGGCGUCGAUUGAUCCCACCUCGGCCUUUGUGGAAUUGGGCUUCCUGCUGGAGCACUUUGAAUCUAAAGGGGGAACCCCUUUGCAGCAAGCUUGGAGUAAAGACAGAGUCGAGAAGGUACGAGAACUGCUUUGCGAGCUCGGCGGCUUGAAAGAUGAUGAGCUGGAUGGCUGUUUCAAAGCGGCCCUUAAAGGGUGAUGCGGUACGGCGGUGCACAGCGGUGCACAGUGGUGCACAGCGGUGCGGUGUGCAAGAGGGAGAAUCAAAUUCAUCAAUUCAUUUGUGCUGAGCUGCAGAGAGAAUGCUCCUAGCUCAAAAGGCCCGAGUCAGUCAUUUUGCACUGCUUGCAGUGGAGGAGAAUACGAUACUAUCCUCACCACACUAUUAACUAGAGCUUGAUUUGCAUCGUAC